GUGGUAAGACUUUAACUCACACCACUGCUCUGUCAGUCAGUCAGUCAUUAGAGGACAGGAUGGAGCUCAGUCCACUCUCUGUGAUACUCUUGCUGAUUUCACUUAUACCAGUGUCCCAGGCUCAAGGGAGUCCUAAAGCUGUGGUGUCCAUAAAGCCUGAUACACAUGUGUUCAUUGGAGAGACUGUUACUCUCAGAUGUGACAUACAGGGAGGAGGAGACACUCAGUGGACGUACAGCUGGAUGAAAAAUAAUUACGGACUCUAUAUAGAUGGAAGUAAGAGAGCCUACGCAAUGCAGGAGUUCAUAAUCUGGUCUGUUGAAGACUCUGACAGUGGUACCUACACCUGCACAGGACACGGAAGAUACUCUCAGAUCAGUGGUUCUGUUACACUGACUGUAUCAGUAAAACCCAAACCGACUGUGAGAGUGAAUCCUCAGAGCUCCGUCUACACUGGAGACACCGUCACUCUGAGCUGUGAGCUGCAGUCGACUGGAUGGGAGUUUCAGUGGUACAAAAAUAAUCAGUCCCAGAAUCUGUACAGUGAAGAAGAGAACACACUUAAAGUGACAGUUGAUAAUGCAGGAGAAACAGAGUACAAGUGUCGAGCACGCAGGAGAAACUAUUACUACUAUAAUGAUCACUACUACGACUACUACGACACAGAGUACAGUGAUCCUGUCAAGAUUACAGUGAGAGAAACAGGAAAACCCAAACCGACUGUGAGAGUGAAUCCUCAGAGCUCCGUCUACACUGGAGACACCGUCACUCUGAGCUGUGAGCUGCAGCAGGGGACUGGAUGGAGGAUUUACUGGUACAAAAAUAAUCAGUUACUGAAUCUGAACAGUGAACAAGUGAAAACACUUGAAUUGACAGUCAAUAAUGCAGGAGAAAUAGAGUACAAGUGUUGGGCAAACAGGAUAAACUACAACUACUACUACUACUACACAGAGUUCAGUGAUCCUAUCAAGAUUACAGUGAGAGGAAAACCCAAACCGACUGUGAGAGUGAAUCCUCAGAGCUCCGUCUACACUGGAGACACCGUCACUCUGAGCUGUGAGCUGCAGCAGGAGACUGGAUGGAGGAUUUACUGGUACAAAAAUAAUCAGUUACUGAAUCUGAACAGUGAACAAGUGAAAACACUUAAAGUGACAGUCAAUAAUGCAGGAGAAACAGAGUACAAGUGUUGGGCAAACAGGAUAAACAACAACGUCUACUACUACUUCACAGAGUUCAGUGAUCCUAUCAAGAUUACAGUGAGAGGAAAACCCAAACCGACUGUGAGAGUGAAUCCUCAGAGCUCCGUCUACACUGGAGACACCGUCACUCUGAGCUGUGAGCUGCAGCAGGAGACUGGAUGGAGGAUUUACUGGUACAAAAAUAAUCAGUUACUGAAUCUGAACAGUGAACAAGUGAAAACACUUGAAUUGACAGUCGAUAAUGCAGGAGAAACAGAGUACCGGUGUCGGGCAAACAGGAUAAACUACAACUACUACUACUACUACACAGAGUUCAGUGAUCCUGUCAACAUUACAGUGAGAGAGAGACCACAGGCAGUAGUGAGUGUAUCUCCACAGAGCUGGCUGACUGAAGGAGACUCAGUGACUCUAAGCUGUGAGGUUACAGACUCCUCUACAGACUGGACAUUCAGCUGGUACACAGUUGUUCCCUACAGAGACGGCUUAACUGGAAUAAAUAAUAAUGGUGGCUAUAGCGUGUAUGUGGAGCUCCUCUCAGACAGCAGCAGAGGAUCUGGAGGCAAAUACACUCUCAGUCCUGCUGCUCUUAAUCACACAGGAGUUUAUAUGUGCAGAGGAGAGAGAGGAGAACCAGCCCUUCACUCACAGUACAGCAAUCCACAGCCACUAUGGAUCACUGGUGAAUCUCCUCCAGUCUCUCUGAUCUUCAAUCCCAGCAAUACUCAACACUUUACUAAUGACUCUCUCUCACUGAGCUGUGAGGACCAGAGUAACUCUGCUGGAUGGACAGUGAGACGAUACACACACAGUGAGAGAGUGUUAGAUUGUUCACACUGGGGAUCAGUUACAGGAUCUACAUGUAACAUCAGCUUCCUCUCCACAUCCUACACUGGAGUUUACUGGUGUGAGUCUGAAUCUGGAGAAAACAGUAAUCCUGUCAACAUCACAGUGCAUGGUUCUAGGCCAGGUGGUGGAUCCAGUGGUAGAACAGCAGGACUGGUUGUGGGUUUGGGAUUUUUGUUCAUCGCUUUACUGAUCUUAAUGAUCCUGCUGUGGUCCUACAAAAGAAAAAAAGAAAAGCUUCAGACAUCAGCUGAAGACUCUCAGUCAGGACACACACCACUUCAGGCUGGAAGUGCUAAUGUUUAUGCCACUGUGGAUGAGUUAGACAUGGCUGGAACAGGUGAAGCUGCAGCUGAGAUCAGUGAAGCCACUUACGCACAGGUCACAGAGAAAAUGAAGACAAACAGGAACAAUGGUGCUGAUGCUGAUGUGACUUACGCUGAGAUUCAACUGAAACCAAUGAUGGAAACAAAGAGAAAAAAAGAGAUGGCCAGUGUGGAUGAUAGUGCUGUUUACUCAGAGGUGCGGAAGGACGUGCAGUGAGCCGUGUGUCUAUGUAAACUGAUGAAGCCAGUGUCAUCAAAAAGACUGUGUUUCUCUUCUGUUUUCUUUCUUAUAAUGCUCAGAUAUUAAUCUCAGCUGUUUUCUAAGAAUUUGCUUAAACUAUAAUUCACUGUUGCCACAACAUCAGGCUCACCCUGAAGGUAUUUGUCACAAAAGUUCAGUCCGUGGAUCAAGUCAUUCUGAUGAGUCUUUGCCCUGCAGCCCUACCAACAGGCUCUGUUUGCCCUUAUCAGAAUGACAACCCAGGAAAGUGACCUGCUUAGGAAGCUUUACUGACCAAAUUUCUUUAGUCAGAUGCUCAUUGUCUUCUGAGGCACAAACCCCAAGAAACCAGAUAAGACUUACAGAAGAAAUUCAUUACCCAUCUUUUCUGCCAUGCCAGAAUUUGUAUGGCUGCUUGUACAGUAUCUGGAAUACUCAGUUGGUCUUGGAAUGUGAGCAGCUAAGUUAAACACAUAGAAGCUUGAAUUAAAACCUUGGACUACUAUUUUUACCUAGUCAUAUGAAGACUUUACCAAAUGCUUAGAGAACUUCUAGACUGAACUGGUGAAUAUACAGCUGGCUGUGCUCUUGUCUCUUUAAAAAAGCUUCAGCUAGUCCCGCCCUUUUCAGUUAUAACAGCUCCAACUCUUCUGGGAAGGCUUUCCACAAGGCUUAGGAGUGUGUUUAUGGGAAUUAUUGACCAUUCCUCUAGAAGCGCAUUUAUGAGGUCAGGCAUUGAUGUUGGACGACCUUGGCCAGUCAAGUUUCUCCACACCAAACUUGCUCAACCAUGUCUUUAUGGACCUUGAUUUGUGCGCUGCUGUGCAGUCAUGUUGGAACAGGGCCAUCACCAAACUGUUCACACAAAGUUGGGAGCAUGAAAUUUGUGUCUUGGUAUGCUGAAGAAUUAAGAGUUCCUUUCACUGGAGCUAAGGGGACAAGCCCAUCCACUUAAAAAUAACCCCAAACUUUACACUUGGCACAGUGCAGUCAGGCGUGAUUGGUCACUCCAGAGAACAUGUCUCCACUGCUAGAGGCCAGUGGCAGCAUGCUUUACACCACUGCAUUUAAGCACUGUCAUUUAAGGCUAGGAUGCAGCUGCUUGGCCAUAAAAACCCAUUCCAUGAAGCUCUCUACACACUGUUUUUGAGCUAAUCUAAAGGCCACACGAAGUUUAGAAGUCUGCAGCUAUUGACUCUGCAGAAAGUUGGUGACUUCUGCGCACUGUGCACCUCAGCAUGCACUGACCCCACUCUGUGAUUUCAUGUGGCCUACCACUUCAUGGCUGAGUUGCUGUUGUUCCCAUUUGCUUCCACUCUGUCAUUAUACCACUAACACCUGGCCAUGGAAUACUUAGUAUUUAUAUUUAUCACGGUACCACAGGUGAAUUCACUGAGCUCCUGAGAGCAACCCAUUCUUUCACAAAUGUUUGUAGAAGCAGUCUGCAUGCCUAGGUGCUUGAUUUUAUACACCCGUGGUCAUGGAAGUGAUUGGAACACCGGAACUGAAUGAUUUGGAGGGGUGUCUCGAAACAUUUGGUAAUAUAGUGUAUUUAUCUUGUUAAAUGUGCUUAAAGAUACAGCUCUGGAAAAAAAUAAAUAAAUAAGAGACCGCUGCAAAAUAAUGAACAGUUUUGUUUCAUUUUUUGUGAACUGCUGGCAAUAUUUCUCCUAAAUUCAAAAUAUAACUAUUGUUAUUUCGAGUGUAUAUUUAAAGGAAAUGACAACACAUCAAAAUAACCCAAGAUCAUCCAGUAUCUGAAGAGCUUUAAUAACUCAAAUAAAACAAAAUGCAAAUCAUUGGUAAACAAAUUGUGAUAAUGCUUUGGCUAAAUAACAUUAAGAAAUCAGUAUUUAGUGGAAUAACCCCGAUUUGCAUGUGUUUUGGCUCCAUGCUCUCCACCAGUUUCUCACAUUGCUGUUGGGGAACUUUAUACCACUCUUUUUGCAAAAAAGCAAACAGCUCAGCUUUGCUUGAUGGUUUGUGACCAUCCAUCUUCCUCUUGAUGACAUUCCAGAGGUUUUCAAAAGGGUUCAAAUCUGGAGAUUGGGCAGUGGUCUCUUAUUUUUUUCCAGAGCUGUAGUUGUAGCAUAUAUUUGUAUUUACGUCAUAUAGUUAAGUGAGUUUUUCAUAAAUGCUAACAAGCUUUUGUUUUAGUUUAGUUUUUAAGAAUUUGUUUGACUGUCAGUGCUUUAUGUUAAAUAAACAAUAGAAUGAAUUAUGUUUGGAUGGAAACGAUUUUCACCCAUACUGUGUCUAAUAAUAUACAGUAUAUAGUGUAUAUUUGGGUUGGACAUAACCUGCAGGUUAUGAACAUACAAUGCAUUUAUUUAAAAAAAUGUGGUAUUGAAUUAAGUAUGCAACAUUAUUUUAUAACAACAUAAUUUUGCUGUAUAGCCUCCAUUAAGAUCAUAACACGGAUUCUCAGUGUUUCUCCGCAAAUAUUUGCUUAAAUGUCAUUACAUUUCUUUACAUUUUAAUACAUUUUUUACAAUAUUUCUUGCAUCUUGGACUAUUUUCAACUGAUACAUUAAUUAAAUUAAGAGA